UCUACAUCAUUAUAUUUGACAGCUGCCAUUGUCAUCACGAAGUCAAUAAAAAAUCUCAAUGUAAAAUCUUAAUCAUUGAGUUCACACUUGUAUGUCGGAGAUUCUAAUGUUGUGUAAAGUCUAAUUGAUCCAUUGUGUUGCUUGUUCAUAAAGUGUUUAUUGUGAAAGAAAAGUAAAAGCACUGAGCGUUUUUCCAUGUUAUAGUUAUAACUCAAUGUCUGUAGGAGCUAAAAAGAAGUGUUAAAUACAAGUAAUUUGACCUUUUCUUUGUCACAAAAGAGCCUUAAAAUUCAAGAAUAUAUCUUUUAGUUUAGUUAUUCUUUUGUAAGAUGUGUGGUGGAUUUACGUGUUCCAAAAAUGCCUUAAUCGCCCUCAACAUUCUCUAUGUGGCUGUGGCUUCAAUUCUGAUAUCAGUGGCGGUGUAUGGGCAAGCAUCAUCACUGGUUACCAAUCUGCCUAUUGUAGGAGGGAUACUAGCAUGUGGGGUUUUCCUCAUAUUGAUAUCUCUGUUGGGUCUAGCAGGAGCUAUGAAACAUCAUCAAGUUAUGCUUUUCUUUUACAUGGUGAUCCUAUUUCUUCUGUUCUUGGUGCAGUUCUCUAUUGCCUGUGCUUGUCUUGCCGUCAACUCAGACCAGCAAGAGAUGUUAGCUCAACAGGGUUGGAAUCAAGUUGAUAUGGAUGUCCGAGGUCAGGUUCAAGAAAGAUUCCAGUGCUGCGGCUUCCAGAGCCGAGACUUCAAACCAAACACUACUAGCGACCAUCCAUCCUGUGUUCUCGCUGAUCAAUUGUGUUGUAACAGUCUGACAAUAAGAGAUGACUGCCAAUGUCAGCCUUGUAUGGAGAAGUUAAAAGAAACUAUUGAUUAUGCGUUCAAGCUGUGCGGUGGUAUCGGACUGUUCUUUAGCUUCACCGAGUUUCUGGGUGUGUGGUUGACAGUGAGAUAUCGUAAUCAGAAGGAUCCUCGGGCUAACCCAAGUGCAUUUCUCUGAAUGAUAAGCUUUUCGCAGUGUGGCUCGCCCGUCGUUACCGCAAUCAACCGGACCCCAAUUACAAGGAACCACAUGCCGUAUUCCCCAGAAAGAACUACUUGUAUUAAAAACACGCUAGUUUCAUUUUAGACUGUUUUCCUUGUAGGGCAAUUUGUUAGAAUUUAAAUAAUAGAAAGGUGAUAUAUUAAUUGAUAGCUUUACACUACUUUCACUUUAGUUAACAUUGUUUCCAAACUAUGAAUGACCUCGCCUGAAUUCCAUUCUUGAUUCUUAGCUCGCGUUACGUGAAGGACGUAUGUAUUUUUUAGAAAGUAAUGUGUUCCGAGAUUCUAAUUGUUAAUUUUUAUGCCAGCUCAAUAAAGUCUGUUGUUCACUAGUCGGUACUAAUCUUUAACAAUCUAACCUUGUGAAAUAGAAUUUAACUUUUAGAACUAAAAAAAUAUCUUAUUCAGCCUGUUAUGAAAUAUCAUGUAUAUUGAAAAAAUAUAUGUUAUACAUAUUAUAAUGUCCAAUCUUCCGCUAAUUAUUGCUAUAAUCUUUUUUUAUUUUUUAUAAAUAUAACAGCCAGUGUUUGAAGGUGUAUCGAUGUUUUAAAGUUGAUUAAUACAUAAAAAUCUAUUGGUUUGCUUAGAAAAUUAAAUGUCAACCAUCAAUUUGUAAAUCCGUAAAUAGGUAGUAUAUAAUAUUGGUAUGACUGUAUGUGUGUGUUGAUGUAAUUUGCUCACAGAUUAUAUGAAAAAUGUGAGUUCUCUUUAAUAUUAAAACUUUAGUGUAGUUUUACGCCCAAAAAGACAUAAAUAUAUUUUUUAAAUAACUUUCUAAAAAUUAUAAUAUCAUAUUCUUCCAUGUUCCAAAUCAAAUGCUGUUUUUGAGUUUCGUCUCGUUAUUAAUGUGGCUUUAUGUCGAAUACUACGUUUUAUAAAUUAAUUAAUUAUAACAAGAAAUAAAUAAGGAAAGUUUAAUGUUUUCAUUCGAGCCUCUCAAUCGGCGUCACGUUUUUUUUUAAUGAGGCUUAAAUUUUGUUUUUGACACAUUUUAUUGUAUUGCUAUCGUUUUAUCAAAUCUAGUUUAGAUUUUAAAAUUCAACAAUUUUAAUAUCGUCGUAUGGACCCCGCGUGUUCUUUAUUUCUCAAUAUUAAGUUAUACUAGUCAAUAAAGUAAUGAAUUUAUCUUUAAUACUCCUAUAUUCUGCAUAUGAUUGUAUUUGAUGUGUUUUAAGGUGUUGCCAUUUUAAACUUUCAUUAUGUUUUAAUAUAAGUGAAAUAUUUUUUUAAUUGGUCGCUUUUCGUUCGUACUAUUUUUUGUAUGCCGUAAAUUAAGUAAAAUUACAUUCUAUUAAUUUUUUCGUAUUUAAUUUUCUGAUCAUACAAUUUUAACGAUGAUUAUUCAAUACUUAUUAGUAUUCUCAUAUAUCAGUGUAAUUUCAUGUUCGAAUAAAGUGUGUUGAGCAUU